GGAGGUACGGCGGGCGAGGCGGGUAUGGCAUGGACGAGGAGGAGGAGAGCGAGGAAGAGGAGGGUGAAGGUGAUGCGGGGAGGGAGAACAGCGGAGGAGAGAGUGAGGACGAGGAGAGCGAGGAGGAGGGGGAGGAUGCAGGGGACAGGCAGAAGGAGGAGGGCGGAGGGGCGGCGACGGCGGCCGGAGUCCUCAUGCUAGCGGUGGGCACCUCCGGCCAGCUGGGCGGCGUGUGGCGCAGUCCCCCGCUGGCGCUGUCCGAGUUCUCCACCCACCCCGCCGAGGCGCUCAACCCGCACUGCCUGGCGGGGAUGCGGGCGCUGCUGCGGCGGGGGGAGGCGGCGCACGGGUGCCUGGGGGCGGCGGUGCGGGCGCAGGUGCUGCGGGCGGUGGCGCUGGAGGUGUCGGUACGGCACAACCAGGUGCUGUUGGACGGCAUCAUCCGCAAGCUGGACCGGCGCCGCCGGGUGCUGCUGUGGCGGGCAGCGGCCAUGGAGGGGGUGAUGGACGAGCAGGCAAUGGAUGUUGUGGUGGGCGGGCCGCCCGGCGAGUAUGCCCCCGCGCUGCGGACCGCAGUCCCGCCCUUCUUCCCCGCCUCCGCCGCCACCCCCAGCAGCACCCCUGCCCCCCCGGGCCCCCGGGGCGGCGGGCGGGGCAGCGAGGUCCGCCUGGUGCCGCCCCUGCUGCGAGAACCGCCCGGGGAGCGCAUCGAGGAGUACCGCAAACAGAGGCGCACCAGCAGCUCCGCAGCCGCCCUGCGCGCCUCCCGCUCUCAGCCCGUGGUGGCGCUGCUGGACGAGGCGGCGCGGGAGGACCUGCGCGCCCGCCGCCGCGCGCUCACCGCAGCAGCGGGGGCGCUGUACCUGGACGUGUUUGAGAUCAAGCUGAGGCUGAGGGUGCAGGCUCGUCGCAGCUACGUGCAGGGCCUGCUGCGCCUCAAGGGCAGCGGCAGCGGCACCGAGGUGGAAGCCGCAGUGCGCGCCGACACCGAGUCCCAGUACGCCGCCUCCUUCCUCUCCGAACUCCUGCCCGCAGCAGCCCGCACGCAGCUGGCAGGUGCCGUACGGGAGCUUGCCGUACUGGUGCUGGGCGGCACGGGCGGGUACGGCGCCGACUGGGGACUGCAGUACGACGCGGAGGGGCAGCUGCUGGUGCCGGCGCGUGAGGACCGGGGGCCGCUGUUCCAGGGGGUUGAGGGGCAGGCGGCGCUGAGGGCGGCAGUGCUGGAGUAUGCACCCAUGUGGCAGGGUAUCAUGUUCCAGCUGGCCGACAAGAAGGGCGACCCGGACCCCAUGGACUGGACCCCCGCCGCGCCCGCCGCCGGCCUGCCCACCGCCAUCGGCUUCCUGCAGACCGCUGCCCCCUCCACCUCCACCUCCUCCUCCCCCUCCUCCUCUGCACCCGCGACGGCAGUAGCAGCAGGGCCAGCAGCAGCAGCAGCAGCAGCAGCAGCAGCAGCCUCCCAACCCCAGCCCCAGCAAUCCCUUCCACAACAGCAGCAGCAGCAGCAAACGGCAGGUGCCACCACCACCACCACCACCACCACCACCAACAGCAGCAGCAGUAACAGUGCAAAGCCCGGCAGCACCAGCACCACCACCACCCCCAGCAGCCCCUGCCUUGUUCGUCUGGAUGCUCUGUGGGGUCUGCCCGGGCAGUGGGAUGUGCUGCACGGGGCCGCGGUGGCCUACCCGCCGGGGCCGGGGGGCCUGGCGGCGCUGGAGAAGGGGGUGGCGGUGGCGGAACUGGUGGUGGAGGUGGUCAGGCACUUCAUGUUCGCCGCCUCGCUGCUGGCGCCCUCCUCCGUGCUCGCCCGCGGCGGCGACGUGAGCGGGCAGACGGCGGGUCUGGCUCCCCUCACCCGGGCAGGGGUGGCGCAGAGCUCCCCGCUGUCGUACAGCGCCGCACCCGCCACCGGGCAGCAGCUGGUGCAGCAAUCGGAGGUUCGUGUGUCCGCGGCCUCCUGCUCCUUCCUGCCCGGCGCGCUGCUGGCGGCUGACCUGGUGAAGCUGCAGGCGCGACUGCAGUUCCUGCACCGGCCGCCGCUGGGACCAGGCUACCGCCCCGGCGCAGGCGGUUCCGCGCAGCCCCGCCCCACGCAGCCCGCGGAUGACGUCAUCAGUGCGCUGCGUCGGGAGCUGCGGCUGCUGGCGGGGUGCAGGGUGAUGGCGGCGGCGAGGGUGCGAGACGGACUGCUGGCAGGGGGGGCAGCCAAGCGGCACGCGUGGUACCUCACAGGCGCCCUGGAGUACCUCCUCGCCCGCACCGCCGCCCGCGUGCCCUCCCCCGCCGACUCCCCCGCCUCCGCCGCCGGCGGCCCCGCCUGCCCGCCCGCCCCCGGCCUGCCUCUGGGCCCCGCCGCCUGCCUGCGCCUGCCCGACCCCGACCGACUGGCACUUCACAACGAGCUGGGGCGGCUGGGGCUGGCGCUGGAGGCGUGUCUGGGGGCGUGCCGGCUGCCUGACGCCACUGCGCCGCAUGACGUGAUGGCGAUACGGGAGUACUUUGCGGCGGGCAUGUGGGUGCAUGACAGGCUGCGUGACGCCCUGUGUUGGCGCUCCCUGCUGAUGGAGUCGCCCUCCAGCUUCCCCUUCGUACCACCCCACCCGGGCGCCUACCUGCGCCGCUACCACUCGCCCGCGCUGCCGCUGGCGCCCUCGCUGCACCCGCCGCACCCCACCGUGGGGGCGCUGCAGCGACUGUACGACAGCAAGGUGGCGGAGCAGGCCCGCAUGCUGGUGUCGGAGGCGGAGGCGCUGCAGGCCGCCCGCUCCGCCGCCCGCUCCGCAGGCGUGCAGCCGGAGGAGGAGGGCGGAGCGAAGGAGGGCGAGGGCAAGCCGGCGUGGCUGGCGGCCAGUCCGGCUUGGGCCUGUGCGGAGGUCCGGCUGCUGGAGUGCUGCUGUGUGGUGUCCAAGCAGCUGCUGGACCUGCAGGCGGUGCAGGUGGCGCUGCUGAGGCUGCACCAGGACUGCCUGGGGCUGGCGGGCAUCCACACAGUCACCCAGGGCCCCAGAGCCUCCUCCUCCUCCUUCCCCCCCUCCGCCGCCUCCUCACCCAGCCCCUUCCCCGCCGACUCGCUGCACCCCCACUCCGUGCCCGCGGCGGCGCUGGCGGCACUCGCACGCAAGCUGACCGCG